AUGUCAGGCCAACUCUCCCUCUCCAAUCUCCCAGCCGACGCGAUUUCAGCCCUUCGAUUCUCACCCCAUCCGAACUCUCUGCGCUUCGUCGUCGCCUCGUGGGACAAGCACGCCUACAUCUACGAAGUCACAGAUGGCAAAACAUGUACCCAAAUUGCGAAAUUCGAGCACCGUGCCCCCGUCCUUGAUGUAUGCUUUGGCAAGGAUGACAAUGAAAUCUAUACAGCGUGUUUGGAUUGGGAUGUGAGGAGGAUCGAAGUGGCGUCCGGGACGCAGACCGUUCUCAGCACGCACGAUAACGGAGUUCGGUCGGUGGUCUACAGCAAAGAACAUUCAUUGGUUGUCUCCGCGGCAUGGGACUCGACAGUGCACAUCCAUCCCGGUGGAGAUGCAGGGUGGUCAACUGCCACAAUUAACCUGCCAUCAAAACCCUUCUCCCUGGCCGUUUCACCCUCCAAAUUGGUGGUCGCCAUGGCGAACCGAGCAGUCCACAUAUACGAGCUGAAGACACUAGCGAGCGAAUGCAGGAGUUCGGCGAAUUCAUUACAGAACAGACUCGACAUUGAGCCAUGGCAGAGGAGAGAGAGCAGUUUGAAAUUCAUGACUAGGGCGGUGGAUUGCAUGCCGAAUGACGAAGGUUAUGCCUCGUCGAGUAUUGAAGGCCGAGUUGCAGUGGAGUGGUUUGAUCCUUCGAACGAGUCGCAGGCUCGUAAGUACGCGUUCAAAUGCCAUCGCCAGCCAGUCGAUGAUGUGGACGUUGUUUACCCGGUCAAUGCCAUUGCGUUCCAUCCUAUCCAUGGCACAUUUGCGACAGGCGGUGGCGACGGAGUGGUGGCUAUCUGGGAUGCUGUUGCGAAACGAAGAAUCCGUAUCUACCCCAAGCUCGCCUCGAGUGUUGCUGCCCUCUCCUUCAGUUCGAAUGGAAAGUAUCUGGCCACCGCAAUUAGCCCGGGUUUUGAAGAUGGCAAGGACGAAAUCGCGGAAGGGUCUGUGGGGAUUUUCAUUCGCGAGCUCGGCGAGAACGAGGUUAAGAGAAAGGUAAAAUGA